AUGGCCACGACCGCCGUGAUCUCGGCCGACGACGGCUCGAUGGAGCCGACGCUGCAAUCGGUGCUGGACCAGAAGACGCUGCGGUGGAUCUUCGUGGGCGGCAAGGGCGGCGUGGGCAAGACGACGACGUCGUGCUCGCUGGCGAUCCAGAUGGCGAAGCACCGCAAGUCGGUGCUGCUGAUCAGCACCGACCCGGCGCACAACCUGAGCGAUGCGUUCAACCAGAAGUUCGGCAAGGACGCGCGGCUGGUCGAGGGCUUCACCAACCUCAGCGCCAUGGAGAUCGACCCCAACGGCAGCAUCCAGGACCUGCUGGCGGCGGGCGGCGAGGGCGCGGAGGAGGCGAUGCAGGGCUUGGGCGGUAUGGGGAACAUGAUGCAGGAUUUGGCGUUUAGCAUUCCCGGUGUCGACGAGGCCAUGUCGUUCGCCGAGGUGCUCAAGCAGGUCAAGAGCCUGUCGUACGAGGUCAUCAUCUUCGACACGGCGCCGACAGGCCACACGCUGCGGUUCCUGCAGUUCCCGACGGUCAUGGAGAAGGCGCUGGCGAAGCUGUCGCAGCUGUCGUCGCAGUUCGGCCCCAUGCUGAACAGCGUGCUGGGGGCGCGCGGCGGGCUGCCGGGAGGGCAGAACCUGGACGACAUGCUGGCCAAGAUGGAGAGCCUGCGCGAGACCAUCUCUGAAGUCAACACGCAGUUCAAGAACGCCGACAUGACGACGUUCGUGUGCGUGUGCAUCCCCGAGUUCCUGUCGCUGUACGAGACGGAGCGCAUGAUCCAGGAGCUCACCAGCUACGAGAUUGACACGCACACCAUCGUCGUCAACCAGCUGCUCUUCCCCAAGUCCGACAACCCGUGCGAGCAGUGCAACGCGCGGCGGAAGAUGCAGAAGAAGUACUUGGAUCAGAUCGAGGAGCUGUACGACGAGUUCAAUGUGGUCAAGAUGCCGCUGCUGGUCGAGGAGGUGCGCGGCAAGGACAAGCUGGAGAAGUUCAGCGAAAUGCUCGUCAAGCCGUACAUUCCCCCUCAGUAA